UUGCUGUGGGUGACCAGGCCUCUCAUGCAAAAUGGCGGCCCACAGUCCUUCACACAGCUGAUGGGUAUCCUUUCGGACCUCGUGUGUGGCUACCCAGAGGGAGGAGGCUCUCGAGUGUUCUCCUUCAACUGGUAUGAAGAUAAUAACUACAAGGCGUUCCUGGGGAUUGACUCCACAAGGAAAGAGCCUCUCUCUUCUUAUGACAAAACAACAACACCAUUUUGUAAUGCAUUGAUCCAGAGCCUGGAGUCAAAUCCUUUAACGAAAAUAGCCUGGAGGGCAGCGAAGCCUCUGCUGAUGGGAAAAAUCCUCUUUACUCCUGAUUCCCCUGCAGCUCGCAGGAUAGUGAAGAACGCCAACUCGACUUUUGAAGAACUGGAGCGCUUUAGGAAGUUGGUCAAAGCCUGGGAAGAAGUAGGGCCCCAGCUCUGGUACUUCUUUGACAAGAGCACCCAGAUGGCCAUGAUCAGGGACACCCUGGAGAACCCAACAGUGAAAGGUUUUAUAAAUAGUCAGCUUGGUGAAGAAGGUAUUACUGCUGAAGCUGUGCUGAACUUCGUCUAUAAGGGUCCUCGAGAGAGCCAGGCUGAUGACGUGGCCAGCUUGGACUGGAGGGACGUGUUGAACUUCACUGAUCGCACCCUACACCUGGUUAAUCAAUACCUGGAGUGCUUGAUCCUGGAUAAGUUUGAAAGUUAUGAUGAUGAAUUUCAGCUUACUCAACGAGCCCUGUCACUGUUGGAGGAAAACAGGUUCUGGGCUGGCGUGGUCUUCCCCGACAUGUAUCCCUGGACCAGCUCCCUGCCACCCCACGUGAAGUACAAGAUCCGGAUGGAUAUAGAUGUGGUGGAGAAAACCAAUAAGAUCAAAGACAGGUACUGGGAUUCUGGUCCCAGAGCUGAUCCUGUGGAAGAUUUCCGUUACAUCUGGGGAGGGUUUGCCUAUCUGCAGGACAUGAUUGAACAUGGGAUCACAAGGAGCCAGGUCCAGGCUAAGGUUCCAGUGGGAAUCUAUCUCCAGCAGAUGCCUUACCCCUGCUUCGUGGACGACUCCUUUAUGAUCAUCCUGAACCGCUGUUUCCCUUUCUUCAUGGUGCUGGCCUGGAUCUAUUCUGUCUCCAUGACUGUAAAGAGCAUUGUCUUGGAGAAGGAGUUGAGAUUGAAGGAGACCUUGAAAAAUCAGGGUGUCUCUAACAUAGUGAUUUGGUGCACCUGGUUCCUGGACAGCUUCUCUAUCAUGUCAAUGAGCAUCUUCCUCCUGACGAUAUUUAUCAUGCAUGGAAGAAUCCUACAUUACAGCAAUCCGUUCAUCCUCUUCCUGUUCCUGUUGACUUUCUCCACUGCUACAAUCAUGCAGUGCUGCCUGCUCAGCACCUUCUUCUCCAAGGCCAGUCUGGCAGCAGCCUGCAGUGGCAUCAUCUACUUCACCCUCUACCUGCCACACGUCCUCUGCUUCGCCUGGCAGGACCGAAUGACAGCCGACCUGAAAAUGGCCGUGAGCCUGCUGUCUCCUGUGGCAUUUGGGUUUGGCACUGAGUACCUGGCUCGCUUCGAAGAGCAAGGCCUGGGGCUGCAGUGGGGCAACAUUGGGAACAGUCCCAUGGAAGGGGAUGAAUUCAGCUUCCUGCUGUCCAUAAAGAUGAUGCUCCUUGAUGCUGCUCUAUAUGGCUUGCUUGCCUGGUACCUUGACCAGGUGUUUCCAGGGGAUUAUGGAACCCCACUUCCCUGGUACUUCCUUCUGCAAGAGUCCUAUUGGCUUGGCGGUGAAGGAUGUUCAACUAGAGAAGAAAGGGCCCUGGAAAAGACCGAACCCAUAACAGAAGAAAUGGAGGAUCCAGAACACCCAGAGGGAAUAAACAACUCCUUCUUUGAGCGUGAGCUUCCAGGGUUGGUUCCUGGGGUAUGUGUGAAGAAUCUGGUAAAGACUUUUAAGCCCUAUGGCAAGCCAGCUGUGGACCGUCUUAACAUCACCUUCUACGAGGAUCAGAUCACCGCGUUCCUUGGUCACAAUGGAGCAGGGAAAACCACCACGUUGUCCAUCCUGACGGGUCUGUUGCCGCCAACGUCGGGGACUGUGCUCAUUGGGGGAAAGGACAUUGAAACCAGCCUCCAUGCAAUCCGGCAGAGCCUCGGCAUGUGUCCCCAGCACAACAUCCUGUUCCGCCACCUCACGGUGGCUGAACACAUCCUCUUCUACGCCCAGCUGAAAGGCAAGUCCUGGGAGGAGGCCCAGCUGCAGAUGGAAGCCAUGUUAGAAGACACGGGCCUCCACCACAAGAGGAACGAAGAAGCUCAGGAUCUAUCAGGUGGUAUGCAGAGGAAGCUGUCUGUGGCGAUUGCCUUCGUGGGAGAUGCCAAAGUGGUUGUUCUGGAUGAGCCCACCUCUGGGGUGGACCCCUACUCAAGACGCUCCAUCUGGGACCUACUCCUGAAGUAUCGCUCAGGAAGAACCAUCAUCAUGUCUACUCACCACAUGGACGAGGCGGACCUCCUAGGAGACCGCAUCGCCAUCAUUUCCCAGGGAAGGCUCUACUGCUCGGGCACCCCGCUCUUCCUGAAGAACUGCUUUGGCACAGGCUUCUACUUAACCCUGGUGCGCAAGAUGAAAACCACCCAAAGCCAGAGAAGAGGCUGUGAGGGGACCUGCAGCUGUGCAUCUAAGGGUUUCUCCAUCAGGUGUCCAGCCCACAUUGAUGAGAUAACUCCAGAACAAGUCUUGGAUGGGGAUGUGAAUGAACUGAUGGAAAUGGUCCGCCACCAUGUUCCAGAGGCAAAGCUGGUGGAAUGCAUUGGUCAAGAACUUAUCUUCCUUCUUCCAAAUAAGAAUUUCAAGCAGAGGGCAUACGCCAGUCUUUUCAGGGAGCUGGAGGAGACACUGCCUGAACUGGGGCUCAGCAGUUUCGGAAUUUCUGACACUCCCCUGGAAGAGAUUUUUCUGAAGGUCACGGAGGAUUCUGAUUCAGGAUCACUGUUUGCUGGUGGCACUCAGCAGAAACGAGAAAACAUCAGUUUCCGACACCAGGGUUUGGGUCCUAGCGAGAAGGCGGGGCAGACACCCCAGAACUCCAACCACUGGUCUUGGUCGGCGGGGCCGAUUCCUGGCGCGGAGGGUCAGCGCUCCCGGGAGCCGGAGGACGGCGCCCAGCUCAACACGGGAGCGCGGCUGCGCCUCCAGCACGUGCAGGCCCUGCUCGCCAAACGGCUCCACCACGCCCUCCGCAGCCGCAAGGACUUCCUGGCUCAGAUUGUGCUCCCAGCCACUUUUGUGUUUGGGGCUCUGAUGCUUUCUGUCAUUGUCCCUCCUUUUGGUGAAUAUCCUGCUUUGGCACUUCAUCCCUGGAUGUAUGGGCAGCAGUACACCUUCUUCAGCAUGGACGAGCCAGGCAGUGAGCAGCUCGCGGCUCUUGCAGAUGUCCUCUUGAACAGGCCAGGCUUUGGCAACCGCUGCAUGAAGGAAGAGUGGCUUCCGGAGUAUCCCUGUGGCAAUUCAACCUCCUGGAAGACUCCCUCUGUGUCUCCGAACGUCACCCACCUGCUCCAGAAGCAGAAAUGGACACCAGACAACCCGUCACCUUCCUGCAAGUGCAGCACGAGAGAGAAGCUCACCAUGCUGCCCGAGUGCCCCGAGGGCGCAGGGGGGCUCCCUCCCCCCCAGAGACUACAGCGCAGCACUGACAUUCUCCAAGACCUUACGAACAGGAAUAUCUCCGACUUCUUGGUAAAAACGUAUCCUGCUCUAAUUAGAAGCAGCUUAAAGAGCAAAUUCUGGGUCAAUGAACAGAGGUAUGGAGGAAUUUCCAUUGGAGGAAAGCUUCCAGUUCUCCCCAUCACUGGGGAAGCAGUUGUUGGUUUUUUAAGUGACCUUGGCCAGAUAAUGAAUGUGAGCGGGGGCCCUAUCACCAGAGAGGCCUCUAAAGAAAUGUCUGAGUUCCUUCAACAUCUAGAAACUGAAGACAACAUUAAGGUGUGGUUUAACAACAAAGGCUGGCAUGCCAUGGUCAGCUUUCUCAACGUGGCCCACAGUGCCAUCCUACGAGCCAGCCUCCCUGAGGACAAGAACCCCGAGGAGUUUGGCAUCACCAUCAUCAGUCAACCCCUGAACCUGACCAAAGAGCAGCUCUCAGAGAUUACAGUACUGACCACUUCAGUGGAUGCUGUGGUUGCCAUCUGCGUGAUUUUAGCCAUGUCGUUCGUCCCGGCCAGCUUUGUCCUCUAUUUGAUCCAGGAGAGGGUGACCAAGGCCAAGCACCUCCAGUUUGUUAGCGGAGUGAGCCCCACCACCUACUGGCUGACCAAUUUCCUCUGGGACAUUAUGAAUUAUGCUGUGAGUGCCAGCCUGGUGGUGGGCAUCUUUGUUGGGUUCCAGAAGAAAGCAUACACUUCUCCCAGCAAUCUUCCCGCCCUUGUUGCCCUGCUCAUGAUGUAUGGAUGGGCAGUCAUUCCCAUGAUGUACCCAGCAUCCUUCCUGUUUGACGUCCCCAGCACAGCCUAUGUGGCCUUGUCUUGUGCUAAUCUGUUCAUCGGCAUCAACAGCAGUGCCAUCACCUUCAUCUUGGAAUUGUUUGAGAAUAACAGGGCGCUACUCAGGCUCAACGCCAUGCUGCGGAAGCUGCUCAUUGUCUUCCCCCACUUCUGCCUGGGCCGGGGCCUCAUCGACCUGGCACUGAGCCAAGCUGUGACAGAUGUCUAUGCCCGGUUUGGCGAGGAGCAUGCUUUAAAUCCGUUCCAGUGGGACCUGAUUGGGAAGAACCUGGCUGCCCUGGCGGCAGAAGGGGUGCUGUACUUCCUCCUGACCCUCCUCAUCCAGCACCACUUCUUCCUCACCCGAUGGAUUACCCAGCCGGCUAAGGAGCCCAUUAGUGAUGCAGACGAUGAUGUGGCUGAAGAAAGACAAAGAAUCAUUAGUGGGGGGAAUAAAACUGAUAUCUUAAGACUAAAUGAACUAACCAAGAUUUAUUCAGGCACCUCCAGCCCAGCGGUGGACAGGCUGUGUGUCGGAGUCCGCCCUGGAGAGUGCUUUGGCCUCCUGGGAGUGAAUGGUGCCGGCAAAACAACCACAUUAAAGAUGCUCACUGGGGACACCACCGUGACCUCAGGUGAUGCCACUGUAGCAGGCAAGAGUAUUUUAACCAAUAUUUCUGACGUCCAUCAAAAUAUGGGCUACUGUCCUCAGUUUGAUGCAAUCGAUGACCUGCUCACAGGGCGAGAACAUCUUUACCUUUAUGCCCGGCUUCGAGGUGUACCAGCAGAGGAAAUUGAGAGGGUUGCAAACUGGAGUAUUCAGAGCCUGGGCCUCUCACUCUACGCAGACUGCUUGGCUGGCACAUACAGUGGGGGCAAUAAGCGGAAACUCUCCACGGCCAUUGCACUGAUUGGCUGCCCACCACUGGUGCUGCUGGAUGAGCCCACCACAGGGAUGGACCCCCAGGCACGCCGCAUGCUGUGGAGCACCAUCAUGAGCAUCAUCAAGGAAGGGAGAGCCGUGGUGCUCACAUCCCACAGGCAAGAGCUUCCCGGGGGCUCGGGUGGGGGGGGGGAGUCCUCCCCCACUCCCUCACCUCCUCUUCUUGCCCAUAGCAUGGAAGAAUGCGAGGCCCUGUGUACCCGGCUGGCCAUCAUGGUGAAGGGCACCUUCCAGUGCCUGGGCACCAUUCAGCACCUCAAGUACAGGUUUGGAGAUGGCUACAUCGUCACCAUGAAAAUCAGAUCCCCAAAGGACCUGCUUCCCGACCUGAAUCCUGUGGAGCAGUUCUUCCAGGGGAACUUCCCAGGCAGUGUGCAGAGGGAGAGGCACUACAACAUGCUCCAGUUCCAGGUCUCCUCCUCCUCCCUGGCCAGGAUCUUCCAGCUGCUCAUCUCCCACAAGGACAGCCUGCUCAUUGAGGAGUACUCGGUCACGCAGACCACGCUGGACCAGGCAGGUAUUUGUGAACUUUGCUAAACAGCAGACUGAAACUCAUGACCUUCCUUUGCACCCGCGGGCUGCCGGAGCCAGCCGACAAACCAAGUGAAAAGACUUGGAUUUUGAAGAGGCAAGGAAGGUCUGCUGAAUGCCCCACACUGCUCGUUCCCUAAGCGGCUGGAGGUGCGGGCCUUGGCCCAUAUGGUCCUCUGAAUGAAGCAGUCAGCAAACAUAAUCUGCCUGCAGCAGAAACAAAUGCAUGAGGAUGGUGCAGUGAAUGCAAAAUGGCUCUUUUGGACCGAAACCAAAACUGACAGGCUUGCCCGGAGCAUCCUGAGUCAUGGUGGUGAAACUGACCCAACCAGUCCAAAACCCUUUCCAUGCAGACCACAGAAGAAGAAAUCCCAGUCCAUCCCCACCAGUAGGUUUGGUGUCCACAUCUCUCUCAUUUCAGGUGGAGCUGCUUUUCUGUGUGUGUGUUUUAUUUUUAAGGAGCAAGUAAAAUACUAAUGUACUUGU